AUGAUUCAUUUUAAAAAUAUAUCUAAUAAGCGAUUAUGCUUCAAAUGGAAAAUAAAAUUCAACAUUUAUAAAAAAAAAAGUGUGCAUUUCUCAAAUUAUGCAAAAAUACUAAAUAAAUAUCCUUCAAACAAAAUAAUAAGCCCUGUAUUUUUUUCCACUUCAAAAAAUUCAGAUUACAUUAAUCAUAUCAAUGAAAUAAACAAUUUCAUUGAAUUGUUUCAAAAAAACUCUGAGAGUGCUUCAUCUAAUAUUGAAAAUAUCACUUCUAUAUUGCAAAAAAUAAAAAAUGAGAAAAAGUAUAAAGAAAAUGAAGAUAUCAUAGAAAUAAUCAGCAGCAUAAAAUUACUAAUAGAGAAAAGAGUUCGUCCAAUAAUUUUAAAUGACGGUGGUGAUAUAAAAUUUAUAUGUUUUGAUAUUGACAGUGGCAUAGUUUAUGUACAGUUAGAAGGAGCCUGUGUUACAUGUUCACAAAGUGAAAUGACUCUACAGUACAUGAUAAAAAAUAUGCUAACAUAUUACAUAUCUGAAAUUAAGGAAAUUAAAAAUGUGUCAAAAAAUGGUGUUAUUCUUUAA